AUGAAAGCCCAGCAACUCGACGCUUACAACACCCCAUACGUAUUUCGAGACAACGUGCCCGUGCCGACACCCACACAUCCUUACGAUUUGCUCGUCCGAGUCGAUGCCGCUUCCUACUGUCAUACCGAUUAUGUACUAGCGAGUGGUCAUAUGGCGAGCGUUGAGCAGCCUGUGUUCCCCCACACCGGCUGCCACGAGUUCACCGGUACGAUAGUAGCCUUGCCUCCACGCCCAGCACAGUCGGACUUUACAAUUGGUGAUCGUGUCGGUGUCUCUUGUCGUCCUUAUCAUGCCUGCGGAGAAUGCGCCGAAUGUCUGGAGGAGAAUACACCCGAUAGUGAUCCAAGAGGAUACUCUGUUCUAUGUCCAACGAUAAAAAGUCAUGGUAUCGGCAUACCAGGCGGGUUCCAGGAAUACGUACUGGUUGACUCGCGACAGUUGACCAUCAUUCCUCGGGGGUUAAGUCAGGUGGAGGCGGCUCCAUUGAUGUGUGCUGGGAUUACAAUCUAUGCGGCUAUAAAAAAGACGGGUCUCAAACCUGGCCAACGGAUUGGUAUCAUAGGCUGUGGCGGUGGACUUGGCCAUUUGGGUUUACAAUAUGCGACAGCAAUGGGUUUGAGGGUUUAUGGAGUGGAGAACUCCGACAAACCGCUCGCUUUGGCGCGGGGAUUGAAGAAUAUCCCCGGUGCUACCAUUAUUGAUUCGCGUACGACGACUGCUGCAGAAGCAAUUGCCCAUAUCAGUACAGAAGAUAAAAGACCGAUUCCUGGUCAGUUUGGUCUAGAUGCAGUCAUUAUCUUACCAGAGAGUCAAAGGGCUUUCCAAUACGGCGUGGACAUGCUCAAGAACCACGGCAAAUGCGUGGUGGUAUCAUUCCCUCCCGAUGGAUUUCACACAAGUUCCUUGGAUCUCAUCUUCAGAGACAUCACUUACGUUGGCAAUGUCUCUGGUUCGACAAAACAGCUACGAGAAAUGACAGCCUUUUCCGCCAAACACGGAAUCAAGGCUCAAAUAGACGUCUUCCCACUUGAGCAAUUGAACCAAUUGGUUGAAGCAUACCUCUCCGGUCAUGGAGGGAAGUUGGUGAUUGAUUAUCACUACCCCAAAAACCCAGCGUCAUGA